AUGGACGGCGUCGACAACACCGACACUACCGCCCGCAUCGUCACCGACAGCGACCACGCACACCCCAAGCAGGAGCCCGCCGACUCGCCCGCCUCCGCGUCCCCCACGUCGUCCGACAUGGCCGCCGCCGUCGCCGCUCAGCCGCUCGUCCCCGGCGCAAACGCCGUCCAGCCAGGGACAGGAGUCAACAAGCGCUACCGCCCCGCCCCCGCCAAGACCUUCCAGUGCAGGGGCUUUGGCGACUGUCGCAUGGUCUUCAGUCGGAGCGAGCAUCUGGCACGGCAUAUCAGGAAACACACCGGCGAGCGUCCGUUUACCUGCCACUGCGGCAAGCAGUUCUCGCGGCUCGACAAUCUCCGCCAGCAUGCGCAGACCGUGCACGCCGACAAGCAGGAGGAGAACGAGCGCAUGAUGAAGGACCUCGCCUCGCUGCAUGCGUCCAUGUCUGCCAGCAACAGGACGGGGAGCAGUCGGGGCAAGCGCGCGCAGGCCGCGGCCGCUGCUGCCUCUUCCGCACACCAGUCCGACGGGCUCGUCAAGUCCGAGGUGCAGUCCAUUCCGAUGCAUCCGCGCCCUGGCACCAGCACCGGGUACGAGGGGACCGGCCCCGACCAUCCCAGCAUUCUCUACCACAACGCGGCCUCGUGGCAAGUCCCCUCUUCCAGCGUCGGCGGCGGCGGCGUCGACCGGACCAAUAUACGGUCGUCCAGCCAUUCCUUUCGUGGCCCCGGCCAGUCCUUUCGUGCCCCUACAUCGACCGCUUCAUCCUCAGCUUUCGGCAGCCACCGUCAGCAGCAGCAGCAACAACAGUACCAGCAGCCACUCGCCCAUUCCUUUCUCCCCCUCUCCACCGGACCAUCAUUCAGCUUCGGUCUCCCCGACCUCCCAGCGGGGGAUGCCCGCCCCGGAUCCAGCACUAGUCGCCCACCCACUUCGGGCGGCGGCCCAAAUGAUGGUGCCCCAAGAUCGCUCCCGCCCCUCGCUGCAGUCGUCUCCUCUGCCUUCGCCUCACAGCCACCCCCCGCAAGCCUCUCACAGUCAACCACCCGCCCACUCGUCCAGGCACAGCUCCAGCAGCGUAUUACAACCCAGUCCGCCCUAUAUACGAUGGAGGCGUUGGAUUGGUCGGUGCUCGCCCAGAACUAUCCCUACCAGGCCUUGGACGCGGCCCAGCAACACCAGGUGGCGGCAGCCUGGCAGCAGCAGCAGCAGCAGCAGCAGCAGCAAACGCAGCAGCAGCCGCAGCAUCAUCAUCCACUCCCGGCUUCCCCGGCGGCCUCGGAAUCAGCGACGAUUCACCAUUUUCGUUCCACCCUCCAGCCCUCGCCGACGCACAGCCACCAUUCGGAGCCUAUCCUCCCUCACCACCGUCAGCCGCAGGCAACAACCCUCGCAAACGGCCUUUCCCAGGAUCAUACGAUGAUGAUGGCCCGCGUGAGCGCAGAGAGCCUGCUGGCGGCAGCGGCGAGUACGAGUACGAGUACGAGUCGGAAUCCAGACCUCAGUCUCGACGGCUCUCCGUCAUGGAACUCUGCAAUGACACAGAUGCAAGCCCAAGAGCUGGAGCAGUUCUACGGCCAGUAUCAGCAGCAGGUCCCGCCUACGCAUCAGGUUUCGGACCAGCAGCAGCAACAACAGCAGCAGCAGAGCCUCCCCGCCCAGACACCUCAUCCGGGCUCGUCUCAUUCGCUUCCGCCCUCGCGCUCCACGAUUCCAGCCCACCACUACUCCCAAGAGCUUCACCGGCAGCAGCAGGCGCAGCUUAUGGCGGCGCGCGAACGCCAGCGGCAGAGGGAGAACGAGGAGCAGGCGCGCAGGAAUUCGGAGGAGGCCGAGUAUCUCCAUAUGCAGCAGCAGCAGCAGCUCGCCGCUUCGUAUCGGCAGCAGCAGCAGCAGCAGCAGCAGCAGCUUCAGGCCCAGGCCCAGGCCCAGCAGCGGCAGUACUUUCAGCUGCAAGAUCCCCCUCGGCCUCUCCACCACUAUCCGCCGGCGGCGCAUCAUCAGCAGCUUCAUCCCGCAGCCCACGAUCACCUCCCUUCGCCGCAGCUGUUCAGUCAGCAGCAUGACCACCACCACCAGCAACAGCACUAUUUCGACGGCCUCCCCGACGGGCUCGGCAGCCUCAGCCCGGCCUCGGUGAUGAAGUUCGAGGACGGGCCCCUCCACACCCCACCCUUGCCGUUGGAAUAGGAUACUGGCGGGAAGGCGAGCCGCAGCUAGUCUCUGCGUGGUGAGCCUUCUCGCCAGCUGAUGUUAAAAAGUCUGUCUUUUCCCCCUCUGGGCUCUGGGCUCCCUGUGUGUCUAUGCUCUCGAUCGGGUCGGUGUUCUGCGACGUCAGUGAAGGUGCCUUUUCGUUCAAAUCUCUUUGGGAUCAGCAUAGUCCAUCCUGUUUGUUUAUUUUUUCUCUGCGGUCUUGUUCUUCCCUGGGACGGACGGACGGCCUCAUACAAUUCUUAUAUAUCACAGUGCAAAAAUCGGCUCGUAUCUUAUUGUUGUCACCGCUAACGCUCUGUCUGCAUAUAGUGUACCAUCUACUAGUUUUCCCUUUGGCUUCUGUAAUAUCGACCGGGUAGACGCCGCUCGUCGCUCGUAUACCGUAGUAUCUGUGUAGCUGGCUCGCGCGUUGUAUAUAUACACGAGAACGACGCCAAUGUCAUCCACAUCCGCUCU